AUGGAUGAAAGGAAGAAAAAUGAGCCUUCUAAAGGAAAAAGCAAAUUGAAGAGUGAUAAAACAAAGGAGGAAAACAUAGGAGAAAGGGUGGACAAGUGUGAAAAACUUAAGACAUUUGAGGAGUUCUUCAUGGAUAAAUUUAAAUCCAUUGGAAAUGAUCUCAUCUUUUUUAUUCCAAUCUUGCACACCCACAUGCCAACUUCUAUCAUUUCAUUGGAAGUAGAAAAAAAGAUGAUUAGAGCUCUUGAUCUGCUAAAAUCAUUUCGAACUUUGUUGCGUACUGAUGUUGCUGCAAAUAAGUUUUUAAGAGAACUCAUUAAUGGAACUGCAUAUGUCAGGAACAGGAUUAAUGGAUUCAUGAAGUUGAGUUCUGUCAAGGCAGAGUGCCUUCAAGUACUCAAAUUCCUUCGCGAAACCUUUUCUGCUCUAAAUACUACUGACAAAUUUGUAAUUCGAAGUUUUUGCUUGCAAAAUGCGUGCUUGAUAUUCUGCACUGCUUCAAGCUCUGCUAAGUUGUGUAUAGAAGAAGAAAACCCACUGGAACUGUUGGUGAUCGAUGAAGCUGCUCAGCUCAAAAAAUGUGAAUCCACUAUUCCAUUACAGCUCUCUGGUAUCCGUCAUGCUAUACUCGUUGGCGAUGAACGACAACUUCCUUCAAUGGUUCAAAGCAAGAUAUGCCCGAACGUUGAAUUUGGAAGAAGCUUAUUCGAAAGGCUGGUGUUAUUAGGGCAUAAAAAGCAUCUUCUUAGCAUCCAAUACAGAAUGCAUCCAUCAAUAAGCAUGUUUCCGAAUAGGGAAUUCUAUGACAAUAUGAUUUCUGAUGGUCCGAAUGUCAAAGAGAGAACCUACGAGACGCCUUUUCUUCAAGGAAGUAUGUAUGGCUCUUAUUCCUUCAUAAAUGUAAGCUAUGGCCAAGAGGGCUUUGAUAACAGACAUAGCACGAAAAACACAGUGGAGGUAGCUGUGGCCGCCGAUAUUGUUGCAAGACUCUUUGAAGAAUCUAAGGCGUCAAAACAGAAGGUUAGAAUUGGUUGCAUAUCACCAUAUAAGGCUCAAGUAUUUGCACUUGAACAAAAAUUUGGAAAAACGUACAACACAGAUGCAAACAGCGACUUUUCUGUAAGUGUUCGAUCUGUUGAUGGGUUUCAAGGUGGUAAGGAAGAUGUCAUAAUUAUCUCUACUGUGCGAUGCAAUGGGCGUGGAUCAAUGGGCUUUCUUUCCAAUCAUCAAAGAGCUAAUGUGGUUCUCACUCGAGCAAGGCAUUGCCUUUGGAUUUUGGGGAAUGGUGUUACUUUGAUUAAUAGCGGCAGUGUAUGGAAAAAAUUAGUUGUAGAUGCCAAGGCUCAAGGUUGUUUUUAUGAUGCGAAUGAUGACAAGAACUUAGCUCAAGCUGUUGGAGGCGCCUUAGUUGAGCUUAACCAACUUGACAUAUUACUCAAGCCCGGUUCUUUUCUGUUUAGUAAUACAAGGCACCCAAGUUCGUUGGCUGGGUUGAAUUGGCUCUGUUUUCAUAUGUACAGGAGGCUAAUGCACCUGUAUCAUGUAGAGAAGAAAGGAUGUUCUCCUUCAAAGAAUGUCAAAUAAAGCAGCUGGCCUGAAGGUUGCAGAUGCACCAAGCUCAUCUGAGAUGCAUGAAUCAGAUUUGUCUGCUGCAGCUACUGGUCUGCUGCUGCUGGU